AUGCUUGAGCAUGAUGGCCAAACAAAGCCAAGCUUAGUGGUUUCUCAUGGAAAAAAGGCCGACCUAUGCAGUACGGGACAGAAAUAUUGGUGCAGUAGUCUUCAAAAUGCCAAAUCCUGUUCAGCCUUUGAGCACUGCAAGGCAACUGCCUGGCUUAAUGAACUGCCACCAAAAGAUGAUUCUGAAACUUGCUUGUUCUGUGAGAGUGUUGUGAAGGAAGUUGUCCAGUUCAUCAAACAGGGUGACACUGAGGCGAAAAUUUCCAAUGCUCUGACUACAUUGUGUGGACUAAUUCCAGAUUAUCAAACUUCUCAAGAGGACCCCAAAGUGGUGUGUAGUAUGUUGAAGUUGUGCACUGAUAAUAAGAAGAUCAAGGAAGUUUCAGUAGCUGGUAGCCCUGAAUGUGAGGACUGCAUUAAGUUUGUCGGGGACAUCAAAGUUAAGCUGUUUGGCGAUGCUCAAAAAGCAAAAAUAAUAAAAGAGUUGAAAAAGUACAUCUGCAAUAACCUUAUUAUUGGCCAACCUGAGUGCAAUGAUAUUGUCGACAAACUUGUUCCCAAGGUAUUGGAUGAUUUGGGCGAGAAAUUUGUUCCGGAAAAGAUCUGCCGUGGAUUCUGCAAGAGUGGAGUCGCUACGGAUGGCAUCGAUGCUGAACAGCUCCUCAUGCAAAAAGUUAUAGUCAUGUACGUUAAUAUUGAGUCAUCAGGUUCGUCUGAUCAGUGCCACAUUUGUAAGGAAGUGUUCGAUGACCUCCAGAAUUUGGUAAAAGACAAAUCGACACAGACUUUAUUGAACGACCUGUGUGAGAUCAUUGUUGACGACUACUCAACAUUUUUGUAUGAGUUUCUGGUUAAUGAGCUGGACUCAUCAACAAGAUGUCAUUUCUUUGGAUUCUGCAGCUCUAACAAUGCCAACAACAACAUCAAAGAAGAUAAUUCACUCAAGUUUCUGCCAUAUGCCAUCAUCAGCCAGGGCCUACAACAGCAGCAGCAGAAGAAGCUACCGCAACAGCAGCCAGCCAAAGUCGCAGACAGCACUUGUGAGAUAUGUAAAUACAUCAUUGAUGAGAUUAAGAAAUACAUUGGAGAGAAUGCUACCAAGGAAAGAAUAAUUGACACAUUGGACAAGAUCUGCUACAAAAUCCCUGAGAAGUACGAAAGGAACUGCCUGGAUUUUGUAGAUAAGUAUGGAAAACCACUCGUAGACCUACUGAUUAAAGGAAUCAGCUCUCACGACGUGUGUGAGUCCAUCAAUCUCUGCCUGCAGGGACAGCAUACGUUUCCAAUGGCGAAUUUGUUGCAAGGCCACUUGUUGCAACCACCAAAGCAGUCACAGCAGCCACAGCAACCACAGCAGCCGGCCAAGAUCACUGACACCUCCUGUGAGAUAUGCAAAUAUAUCAUUGAUGAGAUUAAGAAGUAUAUUGGAAGCAACACUACUGAGGAGAAAAUCAUAGAAGCGUUGGACAGGAUCUGUGGCAAAGUCCCAAAGUCUUAUGAGAAGAAAUGUCUGGAGUGGGUGAAAAAUUACGGAAAGAUGUUGGUGGAACUUUUACUGAAGGGUUUGAGCUCUGAAGAUGUCUGCCAGUCGAUCAAUCUGUGUCUGCAGAAUGACGUUGCUCCUAACAUUCCAAGCCCCGCCAAUGGCAAAUGCGAGGUGUGUGAGAUAGCCUUACAGUAUAUUGACUCACUCUUGGACCAGAAUGCCACCAUAGCCAGGGUCGAGACCAUCGUUAAGAGGGUAUGCACCCUGAUGCCCAGUAGCAUGAGGGCCGAGUGCUCACAAAUUGUUGACGAAUUUGGAGGUCUGAUCAUUCAUUACGUAGCCAACCAUCUCAAUCCUCAUCAAAUUUGCAAGGCUUUGAACCUGUGUGAGAGCCGCGCCAAACUCUACUACAAGUGCAUCGGCGGUCCGAGCUAUUGGCUGAAGACCAUUGCCAGAAGCACGUUUGGAAUAAAGAUGAUAAAUAGAUUAGUUUGA